GACUUGUGCUUCGCAGUUCGCUGCGGAUGGCUAUUUUUUUUUCGCCAAUAGUUUACCAACGAACAUAUACGGUCGACUAUCCGCGGAUUAGUUAUCCGUCUUAUUAGUUUAGCGCACGCAAGCACGUAUAAUACAAGUAAUGCGCAGAGAUCGCAGAAGACAAGUCAAUCGGGUGGAAUGGACAGAUGCGUACAUACAUACAUCAUACUACUUAGAUGAGUUACAGCUUAUGUAUAGGUGGAAAGGUAGGUAUGUACUUAUAGGCAAUAGGUAUAUAUAAGUGGGUACGAUACGGCAGUGGUGAGUCGGUAAAUGUCGAGGCGAGGUGGGGAACCGCUCGAGAGAGAGAGAGAGAGAGAGAGAGAGAGAGAGAGAGAGAGAGAGAGAGAGAGAGAGCGAAUCGCGAUUGAUUUGAGAAGGGAAAACAUGCCUAUAGGUAUACGGUAUUAUAAAGCUGGCUGCGCGGCGUGCGCGCGCGCGGUGGGGAAGAGAGGAACUCUCGAUUCUCGAAAGUCUCGGGACUCGGACUCUCGCGUAGUCGGCAGUCAGGCUCGGCUCACUGCAGUUUUCGCCAUGGCGUGUUUAGGCUCGAGUCGGCUCUGCGCAGCCCGUGCGGAGAAAUUGUGCCAGUUCCGGCGUAACAUCGCCUCCUCUGUCAACUUUCGUCGCGAGCUCGUCGAUCAGCCGCAGCAGCAGCAUCCAUCAGUGCAGCAGGCUGCGCCGAUCAGCGGCAGCAUCGCCAGCACCACCGGCAGCAGACUGUUUCAGCGAUCUCAGAGCUCGCCGAGGUACGGAGGACGCAGCUGUCGCACGACGAGCAUAGCCCGAGCGAUAAGCUCGAUGCAGACGCAGCAGCCGGGAUCGCUGCCGGACUACCGAAUCGACCCCUACCAGCUCCUCGAGGAUGAUCUCAAGAACGUGUACGAGGACAUAAGAAGGGAGUUGGUCGCCAACACGAGCCACGAGGAGCUGAGGACGAUAGCGACGUACUACUUCGGCGGCCAGGGUAAGGCGCUCAGACCCAUGGUCGCGAUACUCAUGGCGAGAGCCAUCAACUACGACAAGGAUCAGAGCGGUCUCUUGGCCUCGCAGCGGCAGGUUGCGAUGAUUUCCGAGAUGAUCCACAACGCCUCGCUGGUGCACGACGACGUCGUCGACCAGUCGGACUUUCGCCGAGGAAAGCCUUCCGUCAACGCGCUCUGGAGCCAGAAGAAGGUGACAAUGGCCGGGGACUUCAUUCUCGCUGUGGCUUCGAUGAUGAUUGCGCGCCUGCAGAACGACGAUGUCACCUUAACACUGAGUCAGGUUAUCACCGACUUGGUCCAGGGCGAGUUCAUGCAGCUCGGCUCCAAGGAGACGGAGAACGAGCGCUUCGCCCACUAUCUCACCAAGACCUACAGGAAGACGGCCAGCCUCAUCGCCAAUUCGGCCAAAGCGGUUGCCAUGCUGGGCGGCGCGGACGAGCGACUCGCGGAGCUCGCUUUCCAAUACGGAAGAAACAUCGGCUUGGCUUUUCAACUGGUCGACGAUCUGCUCGACUUCGUGUCCUCCUCGGACGCGAUGGGCAAGCCAACGGCUGCCGACUUGAAGCUGGGCCUCGCCACGGCGCCCGUGCUCUUCGCCUGCGAAAGAUUUCCCGAGCUCAACCCCAUGAUAAUGCGUCGCUUCCAAGAGCCCGGCGACGUCGAGAAGGCCUUCGAGCUGGUCCACAAGUCCCAGGGCUUGGAGCAGACGAGAUUUUUGGCGAAAAAGCACUGCGUCGAGGCCGUCAGGCUGGCGCAAACCUUGGCCGAGAGUCCCUACCAGAAGAGCUUGAUGGUUGUCAGCGACCUGGUCAUCAAUCGCAUCAAGUAGUUCGCGCCGAGCAUGUUACGCGCUUCGGCAAAAGGCACAGUAUUGACCGGAUUCGAAAGUAGUGGGUUGAGAUUCUCGCGGCGAGACCGAUAAGGAGAAGAGAAAAAGACGAGGAAAGUAUACGCGCGUAUGUACGGCAGCGGGCCUAUAUCUCGCGCUGCCUAGCGAGUGUUUUGCGGAAGAAAACGUUCUAGAUCAAAAGAGAACCACUCGGAAUUGGCUAUGCAAGAUCGCGAUCGGACGAAUGAUUGGCUGAUAAUUGAGUUCACGAGAAUUCUAAUGCGGAGCAUUGAGCAAAGUCAGCGAAAUUACGAACCAUAAGCAGCAGCUGAAAUUCGACGGAGAAAGUGCCUAGAAGUAAUAUGCGCCAAUACACCACUGUACAUACAAAAUAACAUUUAGAAAUAGCAUAAGGCGCUAACAGUACACGCGUUGACACAGGAGCACAAUUUUCGUUUUACGUUCAGUCGAUCAUGCGCGCCAUCUCCGAGCAACUUUUGUUUUUUAGCAUCAAUAUUCUAUUUUGCAUGAAAACGAAAAGGAAAAGCAGACAUUUAACAUUUUCGCGCUCACCACUCGCAGGUUCGUCGCAUACUGCUAAACAGUAUAAUUACUCAAGCUAUCGACAUCAACUGAAAUCUUAUCGCUUUUUCUCCGCGUUUUUGCAAAUGCCGGGGAAUCUUCAAUUUUCAUGUUCGCGAAUCAGGAUUGAUUACCAUGAAAUUGUUUUUCUUAUUUGUUUAGUUCUAUUAUUAUUAUUAUUAUUAUUACUAUCAUUUUAUUUCUUCUUAGUGCCCCUAUGUGCCCCUCAAAUCCCAUUGGAAUUUUAUAUCAGUAACUCCGAGUGGUCGACUAAGGAUUUUGUUGACAAACGAAAACAAUUAUGUAAUAUAACAAUGUCAUAAAUCCAUACAUAUAUAAGCUGUUAUUUCUUAAUUAUAUUAUAUACAUAUAUAUGAAUGGAUUAUGAUCAAUAUUACAUAUUAACGUUAAGGAAUAACUUAUGUUUUCACACGAAUUAAUGUAUAUACCUAAGAAAGCGUAAUGCCUGUUGUUAAUAUACCUAUUUUUCAAUAACGAUUAAGACUCUUAAAGUAUAUAAAACACGAAGAAAGCUACUUACAGAGGAAUUCGUUAUCCAAUGCAGAGUAUCAUUAGAGUCAUUAUGUACUUUCGAAGAAAAUAACUCGAGAGGUAAAAAUGCGACUAUUUUUUUAAUUCAAGGACAAACAAAGAAGAAAAAAUUGACCACAAGUCUUUGCGGGUUUUCAAUGAAAUGAGCAGUUGAAACGUCGUAGAGUUUUUAUCGGAUUUGAAAAUUAUACGCUGUCAUUAUUGAAUGCUUUUUUUUCUUCUAUCCGAGGUUGUAAAAGCGUGUACAUAUAUUAGCUAGACAUGUAGUAUAAAUAAACAUUGUACCAAAAGGCCGUUAAUGAGCCUCUGUUUAAUGGUGUGGGUGACUUGACUCAUCGACUUUUCCCCGAAAUCAAGGGUUGUAAUCGUACCAAGCAAUGAUGACAUUCUGUUUGACAAGUCGUUGUAAGAUCAUUGUACGUAAAUUUCUUCUUUUUUUUUAAUACAAAAAUACUAAAA